GCUCCCGGUCGGCCCCGGCCUCUCUCCCUCUCCUCCUCUUCCUCCUCCCCGCGCGCCUUAUCCUCCUCUCUCUCUCUCCAUCUCUCUCACUCACCGGUCGCCUUCCAUGUACACCACCUAUGCCCUCUAGUCUUUCUCCAGCUUCCUCUCUCUCUCUCCUCACCUUCUUCUCUGCCUCCUCCAACAUCAAGAAUCCAUUUAUUCAUUCACCCAUCUCUCUCUCCUCCUCCUCCAUGCCCUACAAACUACAAAGUACACUUCCUCUUCCUCCUCCACCCUCUCCCUCUCCCACUCCAGUGGCUGGCCUGGCUACCUAGCCACCUAGGGUCAUCUGCUCCUACUCUCUAGCUCUCUCUUUCUCUCUCUAAGAUCACCCGGCCGGCCACCAGCUGGGGAUGAACCUGACCAAAACACCAUAAAAUAGUGUGUGAUCUCCCCACACGCACACAGAAGCUAGCAGCAACAAGCUUCAUUCGCCUCACCCUCUCCCAUCAUAUCAUAUGAGGAAGCAGGAUUCUUUCCAACCUACAAUAUAUCUUUUCCCUGAUGGCUAGCUAGCUCUUUCUCGGACUUUCUUUCUUUCUCUCUCUCUAUCCGUCUCUACCACAUCGCACCACCUAACCUUCUCGAGCUAGACCCACCCACAACGAGAGGGAGGCAGGCAGGCCGCCCGGAGACAUCAAAUUCAUUCUCCUCUUCUCUUCCAAACAACCACCUCACUUACCAGCCUAAAAAAUCCAAUCAAAGAGAGGUAUAGUUGGUUUAUAUCUGUGUAUAUAUACCAUGGCCUAAUUGAUGACCAUGGACGUCGCCGGAGACGCCGGAGGUGGCCGCCGCCCAAACUUCCCCUUGCAGCUUCUUGAGAAGAAGGAGGAGCAGCCGUGCUCCAGCUCGGCUGCAGGAGGUGGUACUGGGCCAUCAUCGGCGGGUGGCAACGGGAACAAUGGAUCGGGACCGGGCGGUGCCGGAGGGGAGAUGCAGCUGCGGAAGGCGGCGCCGAAGCGGAGCUCCACCAAGGACCGGCACACCAAGGUGGAAGGGAGGGGGCGGCGCAUCCGGAUGCCGGCGCUGUGCGCGGCGAGGGUGUUCCAGCUGACGCGGGAGCUGGGGCACAAGACGGACGGCGAGACCAUCGAGUGGCUGCUGCAGCAGGCGGAGCCGGCGGUGAUCGCGGCCACCGGCACCGGCACCAUCCCGGCCAACUUCACCUCGCUCAAUAUCUCCCUCCGCUCCUCCGGAUCGUCGCUGUCCGCCCCGGCGCACCUCCGCGCGUUACCUAGCCCCGCCGCCGCCGCCCGGUUCGGAUCCCGUGCGGACGCGUGGGACCGGGUUGUCAGCCUCGGGUUCCCGUCCGAGGGCCCCGCCUCGUCGUCCUCGUCGCCGUCCCCGCUUCUGUUGAACUUCCACUCGGGCAGCGUCGGUCUCGAUGUGCAACCUUCGCCUUCCGCCGCUGCCGCCGCCGCCGACCUCUCCAGGAAGCGGCGCUGGGAGCAGGAAAUGCAGCAGCAGCAACAGCAACAACAGCAGCAGCAGCAGCAGCAGCAGCAACAGUACCAGCAGCAGAUGGCCGGGUACACGCAGAGCCAAAUGCCGGGCACCGUGUGGAUGGUGCCGAGCAACAGCACGCAAGGAGGUGGGCCGUCCGGUGGUGGCGGUGGCGGCGGAGGAGGCAGCGGGGAGUCCAUUUGGACGUUCCCGCAGAUGAGCAGCGCCGCCGCGGCCGCCGCCGUGUACCGGGGGAGCGUUCCGAGCGGGCUACAUUUCAUGAACUUCCCUGCACCGAUGGCGCUCCUACCGGGACAGCAGCUGGGGCUCGGCCCAGUUGGAGGCGGCGGUGGCGGUGGAGGAGGCGGGGAGGGGCACAUGGGGAUCCUUGCCGCCCUCAAUGCUUACCGGACACAGGCGGCGACGGAUGCCGCCGGUCAGCAAGGCGGAGGAGGAGGUGGAGGAGGAUCUAGCCAGCAGCAACACGGAGGCGGCGGCGGCGGCGGCGAGCGGCAUCAGAGCAUAAGCACCAGCGACUCGUAGGGCUCUGAAGAUCGCGUCGCGUCGCAUGCAUUGGCCCGGUCGGUGUGACUUUGAUCUGUUCUUUGUCUUGGUUUCAUUCUUUCUUCUUUUGUUGGUUUCCUUCCACUCUCUCCCUAGGCAAGAGCUUGCAAGGACUCACACACUUAGCUGCAUUCCAUGGCAUUCUUACGUACGUAUGCUAGGCUAGCUAGCUACCUGAACUUGUGCUUAUGGGUGAGAGCGAGGUGAUGAUGCCUGGGAGGAUCAAGAGGAGGGAAACGCACGCAGCUGCAUGCGGAGAGAUUGUUCUUUUUGUUCAUUUAGCUCUAGAGUUUGAUCGAGUGCGAGCAGAAGAGAAAUUUUUUUUUAUCAAGCAUGGCAAUCCAUUAUCUGCAUGCCAUGACGAUGGUUCAUUUUUUUUUCUCCACAAUUGCUAGUUCAGUAGUAAUACUGGCCUCUCCCAUGUUUUUCUAGCUAGGCACUCACCAUUGAUUUUUGCAUGCUAAUUGAGUCCGUUGGUUCCUUGA